AUGCGGAUGCCCCGGCCGCGCCCCGAUGUGAUGAUCCUCGUCCUGGCCAUGGCUGCCAUCUCUCUGAUGCUCCUGUCUCACGUGUCGCCGCCAGGCUGCCCCGCCCUGGAGAGGCCCGCGGAGCCCCAGGAGGUCGCCACGUGGCCCCCGAACCCUCUGCGCGUGGCCUCCGCCCCGUGCCUGGCCAACCUGUCGGUGGCCGAGCACCCGGACUUCAGCGAGCUGCCCGCGCACGUGCGCGACUUCUUGCUGUACCGACACUGCCGCAACUUCCCGCUGCUGCGGGAGCCACCGGCCGCCAAGUGCGCGCGGCCCGUUUUCCUGCUGCUCGCCAUCAAGUCGUCGCCGGCCAACUAUGGUCGCCGCCAGGUGCUGCGUCGCACGUGGGCGCAGGAGCGGCAGGUGUACGGGGCGUCGCUGCGCCGCCUCUUCCUCGUGGGCAACCACCGCGACCCCCGAGAGGCGCGCAAGUUCAGCCGGCUGCUGGAGCUGGAGGCACGGGCGUAUGGCGACAUCGUGCAGUGGGACUUCCACGACUCCUUCUUCAACCUCACGCUUAAGCAGGUCCUCUUCCUGGAGUGGCAGCAGACUCACUGCCCCGACUCCAGCUUCGUGCUCAACGGGGACGACGACGUUUUUGCGAACACGGACAACAUGGUCACCUACCUGCAGGGCCGCGACCCGGACCGCCACCUCUUCGUGGGCCACCUGAUCCGGAACGUGGGCCCUAUCCGCUCGCCCUGGAGCAAGUACUUCGUGCCCAAGCUGGUGACCGCGGACGAGAGCUACCCGCCCUACUGCGGCGGCGGCGGCUUCCUGCUGUCCCGCUUCACGGCGGCCGCGCUGUUUCGCGCCGCGCGCGACCUCCCGAUUUUCCCCAUCGACGACGUGUUCCUGGGCAUGUGUCUGCAACAGCAGGGCCUGGAGCCCGCUUCGCACGACGGGGUGCGCACUGCGGGGGUGCGCGCCCCCAGUCCCCGCCUGUCCUCCUUCGACCCCUGCUACUACCGAAGGCUGCUCCUCGUGCACCGCUUUCUGCCCUUUGAGACGCUGCUGAUGUGGGACGCGCUGAGCCAGCCCCAGCUCUCCUGCGGCAAGCAAAGCGCGGUCUCCUGA